AUGGUGCGCGAGCUACGCGUCGACGCCUUCUACGCGCGCAUCAGCGCGGCCGCCACUGCCGCCGCCGCAGCAGGCUCCACAUCGCCGCUCCUGAUCCUCCCGUCCGCCGCCGACGCCGACUCGCUCUGCGCGGUGCGGGCGCUCGCGCACGUCCUCGCCGCCGACUCCGUCCGCUUCUCCGUCUACCCCGUCGCCUCCGCCUCCGCCUCCGCCUCCGCGCCGCUCUGCCUCGUCCUAGUCAACUGGGGCGCGCACCGGGACCUGGUGCGCGCCGUCCUGCCUGAGACCGCCACCGCCUUCGUCGUCGACUCCCACCGCCCCGUCCACCUCCACAACCUGUGCGCGCGCAACGCCCGCGUUGUCGUCCUCUUCACCGCCGACGACGAGCAAGCCGCGGACCUCUCCUACGACUUCGACCUCGCCGCGCUCGCCGACGCCUCCGACCCCGCCGCCGAGGGCGACGCCGACGACCCCCUCCGCGCCGAUUCUGACCCCGUGAGGCUGUUCGGGAGGCUGCGGCGGGAGUACUACCGCGUCGGCACGUUCCACGGCAAGCCGUCGGGGUGCCUCAUGUACGAGCUCGCCCACGCGCUGCGCCGCAACACCAACGAGCUCCUCUGGCUCGCCUGCACGCUCACCGACCAGUUCGUCCACGACCGCAUCACCAACGAGCGGUACCAGGCGGCGGUCAUGGGGCUGGAGCAGCACGUCAACGGCUCGGGCAACCUCGACCCGUCGGGCGCUGGUGCAGUCGUCACGCUCAAGGACGGCACCAAGCUCAGGACGUGGACCGACAACGGCCUCAAGAAGCUCAAGCUGCUGCUCGCCAGGAUGGGGUUCCCGCUCGCCGACUGCCAGAAGAGCUUCCAGUACAUGAGCAUGGAGGUCAAGCGCAAGAUGCGGGGCGAGUUUGACCGCUUGCUGCCUGAGUACGGCCUCACCGAGUUCUACUACCGGAGCUUCUUAAGGGUGCACGGGUACAGUUCCAAGGUUUCGGCUGCAGACGUUGUGUAUGGUGUCACGGCGUUGCUUGAAUCGCUGAAUGCCGAGUCCAAUGUCACAAAGGAGUCUUCUGCUGCCGAGCAGUUUUGGGCUGCAUACUCAGCAUUGUCGCUGAGCAAUGUUGAUCAGUUGCAGAAAGGGAUGCAGUCUGCAAUUGAGAUCCAGAGGGCGAUUUUGAGGCAAGGAAGCCCGGCCAUUAGUAAGACAGGGUUCAUACGGAGUGCCAAGAAGUUCCGGUGGGUCAAGCUUGAUGACCCUGUGGACACUAUCAAACUUUGCCACCCACAAGCGCUUACCAAGUUCUGCUUCUUUCUGAUGGAUGCACUGAAGGAAAGGGGUGCGAGGAUGAAGCCGCUGAUCUGUUCUUGCUUAGCAAAGGGGCCUGAGAAGGUACUGGUUGUUGGGGCAUGA